AGCCUGCGGUGUCCUGCGCGCGGCGACCUCCCCAUCUCCUUCACGUGGGCGAGGGACGGCAUCACGCUCUCAGGAUCGGGUCCUUCCGGCAUGGAGUUCCGCGUGCAGGACGGAGGCAGGACGUCGGUGCUCCUGAUGAACCCGACGACCCGCUCGCACGCUGCCGUCUACACGUGCCAGGUCGCCAACCGCUACGGCACCGACUCCAGGACCUUCUUCGUCAACGUCGUCGAGAGGCCGGACCCCCCCGCCCACGUGCACGUGAGGGAGGUGACGAGCCGCCAGGUGUCGCUGGCGUGGGCGCCGCCCUUCGACGGGAACUCGCCUCUCACCCACUACAUGCUGCAGCACUGGCCCGCCCGCGGUGUCACGCCGCCCACGCCCACCAACACCACACUGCCGCCCGACCUGACGGAGGCCACGCUCAAGGGUCUCUCCCCCGGCCAGGCCUACCACGUGCAGGUGCUGGCAGUGAACGCCCGCGGGUCCUCGCCGCCCUCGCCCACCCUCAGCAUCACCACCCUCCAGGAGCCGCCCACGGCGCCGCCCACGAGACUCCGAGCCAGCGGGCGCCAGCAGGCCACCAUCAGCCUCUCGUGGCAGGCCCCAGCGGCGCACCUGAGCCCCGGCGAGGUCUCGGGCUACCAGGUGGGCUUCCGCGAGGCUGACGACGGCGAGAGCGCGGAGUACCGGUGGCGCAGCGUCCGCGGGGGAGCCAUGGCGGCCGAGAUCAGCAACCUGAGGCACUACACCGCCUACAGCGUCACCGUCAGGGCCAUCAACCAGGUGGGCGCCGGGCCCUCCGCGCACCCCGUCACCGUCACCACCAGCCAGGGAGUGCCCUCCGCCCCCCCGAAGGCCGUGCAGUGCGACCCCCUCUCGUCGCAGGCGCUGAGGGUGCGCUGGAACCCCCUGCCCCUCAACCUGUCCAACGGGCCCGUGCAGGGAUACAAGGUCUACUACAAGAGGACCACCAACAUUGAAGGUUCGAACGCCGUGGAGGUGAAGCGAACCACGAACCUGGAGACGAACCUGCAGGGCCUCGGGCGGUUCACCAACUACAGCGUCCGCGUCUUGGCCUUCACUUCGGCUGGCGAUGGAGUCAUGUCCGCGCCCACCUUCUGUACCACGCUGCAGGACGUCCCCGGCGCGCCCUCCGCCAUCCGCGCCCUCCCCGCCGGACGCGACGAGGUGAUGGUGUCCUGGCUGCCUCCGUCUCGCCCCAACGGCGUCCUGGUGCAGUACACGCUGUACUACAGGCCCCUCAACGCACACCUGGCCACCCGCGACAUCGCCGUGACCGCCGACGUGGGCGCGGUGCCGUGGGUGGAGCUGAGCUGGAAGGUGGGCGAGCUGGACGCCCACGCCCGCUACGAGUUCUGGGUGACGGCGUCGACGCGGGUGGGCGAGGGGGCGGCGUCCCGGGUGGUGUCCGAGAGCCCCUCCACGCUCGCUCCGGUCCCGCCCGCAUCAGGUCCUUCGUCAGUCGUGGAGGUCCGGGCGGGUUCCUCGCUGACCCUCCCGUGCGCCAUGGUGGGGUCCCCGCCCCCCUCCGUCACCUGGUCUCACCAAGGACGCGACAGCUCCCUGCACGCACAGACGCUCCCCGACCACUCCCUGCACGCCUCCGUGGUCACGCCCGACAUCGCCGGGAACUACACGUGCCACGCCCAAAACCCCCACGGGCGUGACGAGGUGACGUGGGUGGUGCAGGUGGUGCAGGCGCCGCCCCCGCCCACGGUGAGGGUGCAGUAUGCCACCGAGACGGCCAUCCACCUGUCGUGGGACACUUCCGGCGACGGAGGGAAGCCCAUCACAGGCUACGUGCUGCGCUACAGCCUGGAGACGGACAAGGCGUGGGUGGAGGAGCAGGUGGAGCCCGGGGAGACGAGCCACGCCCUCGAGAACCUGCGCUGCGGGUCCACCUACCGCGUGCAGGUCGCCGCCGUCAACCUCGUGGGUCGAGGCGAGCCUUCGCAGACGGUCAACACGAGGACGCGAGGAGCUGGUGCGUUGGGGUCUUUAGGGGGUCUUUUGGGGUCAUCUGGGGGUCUUUGGGGGGCUUUGGGUCAUCUGGAGGUCUUUUGGGUCAUCUGGGGGUCUUUAGGCCCCCGCCAGCCGCGCCACCAGGACCUGGUGAGCGUGAACUCCUCCGCCGUGACGCUGCACCUGUACACGUGGCCGACGGGGGGCUGCCCCAUCACCUGGUGGCGCGUGGAGUACCGCCCGCACUCCGAGAGCUCCUUCACGCCCGUGGCCACCCACCUGGCGGGCGCCACGGACUCCAUCACCCUGCCCAAGCUGGCGCCGCUCACGUGGUACCAGCUGCGCGUCUCGGCGCACAACGCCGCCGGCGCCGCCACCGCCACCUACGACGUGGCCACCGCGUCGCUCAUGGGAGCUACCCUGGCGCCGGAGUCCGUGGUGGAGGUGGUGGAGGGCAGCGGCGCGCCCCUGUUCCUGGACCCGCACGUGCUGGCCCCCAUCGUGUCCGGGGUCGCCUGCACCCUGGCCCUCCUGCUGUGCGUCGGCCUGCUCAUCUCCAGAGGACGAGCUCGCUUCAUGAAGAACAGCGGCGGCGGCAGCGGCAGCGGCGGCGGCGGCGAGGAGCGGCGGAGCAGCGGCGGCCCCACGUACUCGCGCUCGCUGGCGGAGAUGCAGAACCACCGCAACGACAGCCAGGAGCAGCUGUCGCCCGCCGCCCGCGCCAAGCAUGAGGAGGCCUACACAGUGGAGGAGCCGUACGAGAUCUGUCCAUACGCCACCUUCAGCCUGCCCCCAACUGGUGGCGGAGGCGUUGGUGGAGGAGCCCUGGACUACACGCUUCAGUUUCAGACGUUUGGCCACCAGGACUGUUAUGAGGGCCAGCCCCAGCCCUCCAGGUCCUCCUCCUUCAUGGGUGGGAAACGGCGCGAGGGUGGUGGUGGAGGUGGUGGUGGUGGGGUGGGCGGAACCGGACACGCCCCUGGGCUCUGGCAAGGAAGAGUAACACGAACACCACCCUCCCUCCCCCUCUUUGCAGAGAUCGCAUGCAUCUCAAGCCAGCAGACGCUGCCCAUAUCUUCUGUGGCUGUUCGUGGGCGCCCCUGCCGUCGAGGCCAGUCAGGUGAGGAAGGGCGUGGCUCUGACAGUGAGCAGGACACGAGUGGCAGUCCCGGGGCUACGCCUGCCCAUGGCGUGAGGGACACCUAUAAGGUCCCUGUGCGGCUCAGGAGAGGUGCAGACUUUAGCUUCCACCCUCCGGACUCAAGCACAGAGAGCAAUGACGAACGGUCCCCCAUCCCUCCCCGCCGGCCACCCCACCUCCAGCAGCAGCAGCAGCAGCAACAACCACAACUACAACAACCACAGCAACAACCACAACAACAACAACAACCCGCCAACCCACAACCUCCCCACCAACCGCAUGCCCAACCUCAGCAUGCACGUAGACACCAUGCCUUCACACCUGCCCAUGCUCAUGUCCUCAGGUCUAACACCCUGGAGAGUGUGUACUCGGUCGAGGGGGCUGUGGGAGGCCCCCUUCGCCCCCCCACUGGAUUCUCUGACUCUCGAGAAUUGUCAGAGGCCGAGUGCGACCGUGACCCUCGAGAGGCUAGUCUUGGGGCAGGACAGAAGGGGAGAGGACAGCAUCCAAGGCGGACAUUUGGGCCACGCACAGCUAACGACUACAGCAUCCACGUGUAAACUUUAAUGUAGGCUGUUUUCAUAUUGUAACACUGUAAAACUGUAAAUAUAAUUUCUGUGGAAUGUGAAAUAAACAUAUCAUUUUGCACAA